AACAUCAACAUGAGUAGACAUAAAACUUCAAGCUUUCGUGACUUGCUUGACACGAUACAUGCAUCUAUGAAAAUUAUUAGGGCUUAUUAAUAGACAAACGCAUAGGUUCAUAACUUCAUUACCUUAUUACUGAAAUCCUUCUCUCAAUUCUCAAUCAUUUUCUCAAUUCUUCAAUCUUCCAGAGAAAAAAUCUCCCCCCAGCGAAAAAAUAAUGUCGACGAAGAAGAUCAUAUUGAAGAGCUCCGAUGGUCACUCAUUCGAGGUCGAAGAAGAGGCCGCAUGCCAAUGCCAGACCAUAGCUCAUAUGAGUGAAGACGAUUGUACCGAUAAUGGAAUCCCGCUUCCAGAAGUGACAGGCAAGAUUCUUGAGAUGGUGAUCGAGUACUGCAACAAGCACCACGUCGAUGCCGCUAAUCCUUGCUCCGACGAGGAUCUCAAGAAGUGGGACAAGGAAUUCAUGGAAAAAUAUCAAUCCACGAUCUUUGAUCUCAUUAUGGCUGCGAAUUACCUAAACAUCAAAAGCCUUCUUGAUCUAGCAUGCCAAACCGUCGCGGAUAUGAUCAAAGACAACACUGUGGAGCACACUCGCAAAUUCUUCAACAUUGAGAAUGAUUAUACACAUGAGGAAGAAGAAGCGGUUCGUAGGGAGAAUCAAUGGGGUUUUGAAUGAGCGGGUGAAGCAAACACUAAGCAGCUUUCUUUCUUUUCUUUCUUCUUUAGUGUG